AUGGUAGGCAAGCUGGAGUUCCACGAGAACGAUGAUCUUCCAGACAAAGAUGUGGCUCGUGACUUUUACGCCAAAUACGAGCCUAAGGAGGUGCUCGGCAAAGGAGUUUCGAGCAUCGUACGGCGGUGCAUCGAGAAGGAGACCGGCUACGAGUACGCGGCCAAGAUAAUCGACGUCAGCUCGGAUCCGGACGACUCUCAAGGUUUCACCUUGCUGCAGGCGUCACACCGUGAGGUGGCCAUCCUCCACCUCGCUGCCGGCCACCCUUACAUCAUCACACUUCACGAUGUCUUUGAGUCGUCUACUUACAUUUUUCUAGUAUUUGAAAUAUGUAAAAAUGGAGAGCUUUUUGACUACCUGACAAGUGUGGUCGCCUUAUCAGAGAAGAGGACAAGAACCAUCAUGAAGCAGCUGUUUGAGUCGGUCGAUUACAUUCACUCAAAGGGAAUCGUACAUCGAGACUUGAAGCCUGAGAACAUCCUCCUCGACGACAACUACAACAUUAAAGUGACCGAUUUUGGCUUUGCUAGAAUGGUACAACCUGGUGAAAAGAUGAAUGAUCUAUGCGGCACACCCGGAUACCUCGCACCGGAGCUGCUUCGUGCGUCGAUGUACGAGGACGCAGAGGGCUACGGCUUUGAGGUGGACCUGUGGGCGUGCGGCGUCAUCAUGUACACGCUACUAGUCGGAUUUCCUCCCUUCUGGCAUCGCAAGCAGAUGAUCAUGCUGCGGAACAUUAUGGAGGGCAAGUACGAGUUCUGUAGUCCAGAGUGGGACGACAUUACCGAGGAGGCGAAAGAUCUCAUUCGCAAACUGCUUGUGAUCGAUCCGUCAAAGCGGAUCAACGCCAAGGAGGCGCUGAAGCAUUGCUUCUUCCGCUCUAAGAAAACUCCAGUGAAAAAGUUCAACGCUCGGAAGACCUUCAAGCUGGCGAUUCUCUGCGUCCGCGUGCUGAUUCGCAUUCGCCAGUACCGCUACACACCGGAGGUGCUCAACAUGGACAUCAUUCGAUUCGAGCCGUACAAGAUUAAGCUUCUCAGAAAGGCAAUCGACGGUUGUGCCUUCCGCGUCUACCACCACUGGGUGAAGCGAGGCGAGGUGCAGAACCGAGCGGCACUCUUUGAGAAUCGACCCAAAGUGGAGAUGAAACUGGCCUACCAGGACACUGGUGUCAGUCACUUUCACCACUUUUAG